GCCGUGGUGAGUGAGGCACCCACUCACUCCGCAUUGGGUCACUCUUAGUCACGGGCUCGCAGGUGCUUUGGAUGGAUCCAUGGCCGCCGAAACAAAGAAUGGAAACGCGAAUGCCGCCAAAGGACGCCAGCCCAUGCCCCCCGCCAUCUCCUACUCGCACGAGCACGGCCGCACGACGCUAACCGGCAUUUCGUGGAGCACCCACCCAACCGUCCGCCACGCCGGCCAUGGCAACGGGAUCGACCCGCCGCCGCCACCACCACCUUCUGCGCCCGCUCCCGCUCCUCCUAAUCCUCCUCCUGCUCGCCGCAGGGGCCGGCAACGGCAAGGCCAAUGCCGCCGCGACGGGGGACGGCGCCAGGCCGAGCCCGAUAAAGAACGUGGUGGUGCUGGCGCUGGAGAACCGGUCGUUCGACCACAUGCUGGGGUGGAUGCGCCGCCUGCUGGGCCUCCCCAUCGACGGCCUCACCGGCGCCGAGUGCAACCCCAACUCCACCGCCUCCAACGCUACCACCACCACCACCACCUCUUCCAUCUGCGUCUCCGCCGACGCUGACCUCGUCGUCCCCGACGACCCGGGCCACUCCUUCGAGGACGUCCUCGAGCAGGUCUUCGGCAACAUCUCCGCCUCCGCCGCGCAGCCCUCCAUGUCGGGCUUCGUCCGCAGCGCGCUCUCCGUCAACGCGUUCCUCUCCUCCGCCGUCAUGCGCGCCUUCCGCCCCUCCCUCCUGCCCGCCUUCUCCGCACUGGCCCCCGCCUUCGCCGUCUUCGACCGCUGGUUCUCCUCCAUCCCGGGCCCCACGCAGCCCAACCGGCUGUUCCUCUACUCCGCCACCUCUCGCGGCGCCGUCGCCCACGACAAGCUCGACCUCCUCCUCGGCUACCCACAGCGCACCAUCUUCGACUCCCUCGCCGCCGACGGCCGCGAGUUCGCCGUCUACUUCAAGACCAUCCCCACCGUCCUCUUCUACCGCCGCCUCCGCGCUCUCCGCUACGCCGCGCGCAGCUUCCACCACUACGACUCCACCUUCAAAGACCACGCCCGCCGCGGCGUCCUGCCAGCCCUCUCCGUCAUCGAGCCCAGGUACUUCGACCUCACGGGGACCCCCGCAGACGACGACCACCCGGCGCACGACGUCGCCAACGGGCAGCGCCUCGUUAAGGACGUGUACGAGGCGCUCCGUGCCAGCCCGCAGUGGAACCAGACGCUGCUCAUCGUCACCUACGACGAGCACGGCGGGUUCUACGACCACGUCGCCACGCCCACCGCCGGCGUGCCCAGUCCCGACGGCAUCAGGGGCCCGCCGCCCUUCUUCUUCAAGUUCGACCGCCUCGGCGUCAGGGUGCCCACCAUCAUGGUCUCGCCGUGGAUCAAGAAGGGCACCGUCGUCGGCCGCCCCGUUGGGCCCACCGACACCUCAGAAUUCGAGCAUUCCUCCAUCCCGGCAACGCUGAAGAAGAUCUUCAGCCUCUCGUCGGAUUUCCUGACCAAGAGAGAUGCGUGGGCUGGCACAUUCGAGCACAUCUUCACCGAGCUCGACCAACCAAGAACGGAUUGUCCAGAGACAUUGCCAGAAGUGCCGUUUGAGAGACCAAGCCCAGCAAAAGAAAAUGGCUGGCUCUCGGAUUUCCAGCGCGAGCUCCUCGAACUCGCAAGCUUCCUCAAUGGCGACUACAUGCUGACCAGUCUUGCGCAGGAGACUCGCAAGAAGAUGACCGUGAAGCAGGCCGAUGCGUACGUGAGGCGAGCCAUCACAAGUUUUCUGCAGGCAAGCAAGCAGGCAAAACGGCUAGGUGCAAAUGAGUCUGCAAUUGUAACGAUGAGACCGUCUUUGACAAGUAAGAGUAGCAGCUCAAGCCCUUGAUCAUAUCUACUUAUAUAUAUCUAGCUUACCUAGUUAACAGACGGAUUUGCAUCCACCGUAUAAUGUAUAUUGUCUCUGAAAUAUUAGUAUAACCGAAAAGUGAGCUGCUAGAGCCUUAAUUUAUAUAUAUAUAUGUGUGUGUGUGUGUGAGUUUUAUCUUGAAAUGUUGAGCUCAAAUGUAACAGUUUCGCAUUAUUUUCAUGAACUUGGUUAUAGAGGAAUAUGAAGUACAUUAUA